CCAUUUCAUCAGCGGAUUACCAUGACAUGAAACCAUCGACAAGUUGUAAGUACGGCCAUUAGCCUAUUUUACAUCAAACUCGCCAGCACAGUAACAGAUCCCAUUGUAGAAUAAAAUAAUACAAAAGGAUACUAGGACAAGGCCUAUUUGCGGAUAACUGCUUGGGAUAAAACAGUGUUUGACUAGGUCUCCUGGGAUCACUUUCAGAGUACAUCUUCGAUAUACGAGAUUUCUCAAGAUCAUGGGGUUUGCUAUUGCCAGGCGUUGAUCGCUCAUCUAACAAGAUUCUAUGAGAGAUGGAAGCGAUAUGGCUGUAUCAGUUUCGACUCAUCGUCAUUGGGGACUCGACAGUAGGAAAAUCAUGCCUGAUCCGGCGAUUCACAGAGGGACGCUUUGCGCAUGUGUCAGACCCCACAGUCGGGGUAGACUUCUUCUCACGCCUUGUGGAGAUAGAGCCAGGAAAACGCAUAAAACUUCAAAUCUGGGACACAGCCGGACAAGAGCGAUUCAGGUCUAUAACCAGGGCUUACUACCGUAACUCUGUUGGGGGGCUGCUGCUGUUCGACAUCACCAACCGUCGCUCCUUCCAGAAUGUGCAUGAGUGGCUGGAGGAGGCCCGCAGUCACGUCCAGCCUCACAGCAUCGUCUUCCUGUUGGUGGGCCACAAGUGCGACCUGGAGCCCCAGAGGCAGGUGAGCCAGCAGGAGGCGGAGAAGCUGGCAGGUGCCUAUGGGAUGCGCUACGUGGAGACAUCGGCUCGCGACGCCAUCAACGUGGAAAAGGCCUUCACUGAGCUAACGCGGGACAUCUUCGAGCUUGUGAAGAACGGUGACAUCAACAUCCAGGAAGGCUGGGAGGGAGUGAAGAGUGGCUUGGUGCCCAAUGUGGUGCACUCCUCAGAAGAGGUCACCAAGAGCGACCGCCGGUGCUUCUGCUGAUUAGCCUGUCUAUCUAGUUGGCUUCAGCCUUCCCAGCCCAUGCAGUCCUGUAACAUUAUGUCCCACUAGCUCCCAAUCUUGUCACAGGUCACACAUGUAGCUCUCUCACUCCAAUCCUGACUACUGGAAGGCCAUUUGUGCACUGAAUAAAACAUGGAUACAGCUAUUUUCCACAGUAACCUUCCUCGCGUCUGUCUUACAUGUUACAUGCACUUGUAAGAGAAGAAAUGGCCUGUAUUUAUGCUUCAUCUUGUGACCCACAGAAGGAACACACCUCAACUUUACACAUCUGUUCUGUAGUCUGGAGAGCUCACACAACAUCUGGGGGAGGGGCUGGUGUUCAAUACAAGGGGAAACACCAAAUCUAGCUCGGCUUAUUCCACCCUGUCUAUGGAAAGAACCAGUGCACAGAGGAAAGCAUGUGUUAUAGUACUGGCUGUGUGCAAUGCCUCCUCUGCUUUUGGUGCGAGACUGAUGGCGCCACCAGACACAUGAACAACCAAGAACACUAUAGUUUAUUGCCGUCAUCCUUUUGAUCACAGAUGGAACCAAAGCUUGUGUUGACUGAAUCAGUUCUACAUGAGUAUCAACAGGGAACUUGUACAGUUGAGUGUUAUCGUUGCUCAUAUUAAAUGUACAGUUGGUGACACAAGGUACUGUAUAAGAUAUCACCUCUUUUACCUACCCUGGCCAUCCACCAUAAUCGUUAGAGAAUGUGUCCCAUGAAAAAUAUGUUUUAUAUACUCCAUUGGCUUUAAUAGUAAGCCCACCCCUUAAACAUUGACAUCUACACAACGAUAACGCCUCCUGAUGUUGUGAACACCAAGUUUUAAAUGGGGUCAGCUGUACUAGAGUAGUUUUUUCUUUAGUUUAUUAAUAACUGUAUGGUCAUAUGCUUGUAGUUUCAACAUGAUCCUAAGCAACAUUC